AUGAUAAUAGUUAUAGACUAUUCAGAAACCGAUCUAGUAGAACUAUUAAAAGUACUGGACUUUGUUCAAUUGCGCCAAGCUCUUACAUUAUUAAUUGACGGUUACGGAUUGAGAGUGAAAGCUAUGCAUAUAUUAACUCCCUCAAAAACUGUGGAAACCUUAGUUUCACUUUUUAAACAAAUUCUCAGUGCAAAAGUAGGUCAACGCAUUCAAAUACACAAGGAUUUAGAAUCACUGCACAAAGUUGUCCAGAAAGAUGUGUUACCAGAAGAGCUAGGCGGGAGUGAGAGAUCUAUUGCUAAAUUGCACAGAGAAUGGGUAGAUGUUUAUAGUUCAAAGGAGUUUCAAGAAUAUUUCAACGAAAUGAAAGCAGCUUCUACAAAUGAAAAGUACAGACAGAUUGAUAAAUUUAACGAAGAGUAUAUGGGAAUAGCAGGCACAUUUAAAACAUUAAAUGUAGAUUAG